AUGUCGGGGAGUGCGCGUCUUUGCUUCGAUGGAGAGGAUAUUCCCGACCGAUUCGAGCCGAUUGGUCAGCGCGGCGAGAUGAUCAUUGUUCUUGCAGGGGUUGGACAUCUCCUCCGGAAGGACCUGCAUGGGAACCAGGAGGAUUUCCAAAUGGUUGGCGCCUAUCCUCCUGGCAAGCAGUGGGAUAUAUGCUAUGGGACACCAAACGAAAAAGCAAAGGCGCAGAGCAUUAAUGAUGUGGCCUGGUUUCAACGUGACCCGUUGUAUGGUGCUGAUAGACCUGCCUUGCAUGUGUAG